AUGUUGAGUAUCAAGCGCAAGCAUGUACGCACACUGCCCGUUCCGUCAGCUGUGAUCCGUCUCGACCCGGCGAAGCAGCUCAGCCGUAUAACAGCAGUCGAAGCGAAGUUCUCAUUCCGUAUCGUAUCCCCAUCCCAGCAUCCCAGAGGCCUUCCUAAGGAUCAGGCUCCAAGGAAUUAUGCGUCUGGUGACACACACCUCGUCUGGGCCGCCCCACCAUCAGCGUAA